ACAACAAUGGCCUCCUCCGCCCCCGUCCGCGCCGCCGCCCUCGCCCGCGACACCAAGGAAACGUCCAUCCAGAUCGCCCUCAGCAUCGACGGCGGCGAGCUCCCCAAGGAUGCCGACCCCAGGCUGCUCGAGAUCGCCAGCCCGCACGCCUCGCAGUCCAGCCCGUCGCAGGUGAUUGCCAUCAACACGGGCAUCGGCUUCCUGGACCACAUGCUGCACGCGCUGGCCAAGCACGCCGGCUGGAGCAUGGCGCUCAACUGCAAGGGCGAUCUCAUCAUUGACGACCACCACACUGCCGAAGACUGCUGCAUCGCCGUCGGCGACGCCUUCGCCAAGGCCCUCGGCAACCUCGCCGGCGUCGCCCGCUUCGGCUACGCCUACUGCCCCCUCGACGAGGCCCUCUCGCGCGCCGUCGUCGACCUGUCCAACCGCCCCUACGCCGUCGUCGACCUGGGCCUCAAGCGCGAGUUCCUCGGCCAGCUGAGCACAGAGAUGGUGCCGCACUGCCUGCAGAGCUUUGCGCAGGCCGCGCGCGUGACGCUGCACGUCGACUGCCUGAGGGGCGACAACGACCACCACAGGGCGGAGAGCGCCUUCAAGGCGCUGGCGGUGGCGAUCCGGAUGGCCACCACGAGGGUUGCCGGCAAGGAGGGCGAGGUCCCUAGCACCAAGGGGACGCUGAGUGCGUGA